ACAAAAAUUCCCUCCUCAAUUUGACCCUCGAAAAUUAGGGAUGUCCCAAGCCCCAAUUCCACAUUGAAAAAUACAAUCUUCCUCCCCUCCCCUACCCACACAGAAAUUCCUUUUUGAUGAUUUAAAUACAGGCAUGCCAUACCCACAUCCCCACUGGGUCUACAGAAAGGGGGAUUCUUAAUUCUUAUGGUCAUUGGCAGCAGAGAUGAGAUGUAGAACCCCAUAAAUCUCAAGCGAUAGUUGAAGUAAGAAGAACAGAAAGUUACCAUCGUUAUGUGAAUCAGAAUAGCUGUAUGAAGUUGUGAAACAAUGAGAGAUGGAAGCUCCAAGAAAAGCAAGCUUUCAUGGCCUAAGACGCUGGUCAAGAAAUGGUUCAAUAUCAAAAGCAAAACUGUGGACUUUCACGCAGACGAUAUUGUUUAUGGAGGUGGUGAUGAAGAAUGGACGAACAACUACUCCGAGAGGGAGGCAUGCACUAUCAAGAAAAACAGAACAGAAAGAUCGAGUAAGAGACACUCUGAUCGAGUCAGGCGAGGUAAGAUUGACCUCGAUGCUUCCCAAGUUACAGAUGUGCAUAACUACAGAAUCUUUGUAGCUACUUGGAAUGUGGCUGGAAAAUCCCCACCAACUUAUUUGAGUUUGGAAGAUUGGCUCCAUACCUCACCUCCAGCUGACAUUUAUGUUCUUGGCUUUCAAGAAAUUGUUCCUUUAAAUGCUGGCAAUGUUUUGGGGACGGAGGAUAAUGGCCCUGCUAGAAAAUGGCUAGCUCUUAUUAGGAGGACCCUAAACAGCCUUCCUGGGACUAGUGGCAGCUGCCAAACACCUUCACCAAUCCCUGAUCCUAUUGUAGAAUUAGAUGCUGAUUUUGAGGAGUCAAUGAGGCAGAAGGCCUCAUCUUUCUUCCAUCGCCGAUCCUUCCAAUCCUUAAGUCGCAGCAUGAGAAUGGAUAAUGACAUGUCAAUGCCACAGCCUCGGCUUGAUCGACGGUUCAGUGUUUGUGAUCGAGUUAUCUUUGGGCACAGGCCAAGUGAUGUUGAACCCAGUUUCAGAUGGGGCUCCUCUGAUGAUGAGAAUGGACCUGGAGAUUCACCAGGUACCAUGCAUUACUCACCAAUUGACUACAGCGGGUCCAUUUCGAUGGAGGACAGAGAUAGACAGGCAGGGAACUCAAGAUACUGUUUGGUUGCUAGCAAACAGAUGGUUGGGAUAUUUCUCACUGUGUGGAUAAGACGUGAUUUAAGAGAUGACGUUCGAAACAUGAAAGUAUCCUGUGUGGGAAGGGGAUUGAUGGGCUAUCUUGGAAAUAAGGGUUCAAUCUCAAUCAGUAUGUCCGUGCACCAAACAAGCUUUUGCUUCAUUUGUAGCCAUUUAACCUCUGGGCAGAAGGAUGGUGAUGAGCUGCGGAGAAACUCUGAUGUCAUGGAGAUCCUUAGGAAAACAAGGUUUCCCAGGGUUCAUGGCAUGGGGGAUGAGAAUUCCCCUCAAACGAUCCUCGAGCAUGAUCGAAUAAUUUGGCUUGGAGAUUUGAAUUACCGUAUUGCCCUGUCUUACCGUUCUGCUAAGGCUCUUGUUGAGAUGCGCAAUUGGAGAGCAUUGUUAGAGAAUGACCAGCUUCGGAUAGAGCAGAGGCAUGGUCGUGUUUUUGAGGGAUGGAAUGAGGGAAAAAUAUAUUUCCCUCCCACUUAUAAGUACUCAAAUAAUUCAGACAGAUAUGCAGGCGAUGAUACACACCCAAAAGAGAAGCGAAGGACACCUGCCUGGUGUGAUAGAAUAUUAUGGUAUGGAAGAGGCCUUAAUCAAUUAUCGUAUGUUCGUGGGGAGACGAGGUUCUCAGAUCAUAGGCCAGUUUAUAGUUUAUUUUUGGCCGAGGUUGAGUCCAUCAACCGUAGCCGAAUCAAGAAAAGUAUGAGCUGUUCCAGUUCUAGGAUUGAGAUAGAAGAGUUGUUGCCACACUCACAUCGAUACACAGAACUUAAUUUCUUUUGAGAGAUGGAUUCCUUCAAGAGCUGUGUUCAACAUGGCUUUCUCUACCAGGAUAGAGAGCAGUUCCUCUACAAUUUGAAACAAGAAUAGUUAGAUUGGAAAGCUGCAUGUUUCAAGGAUUUCGGGCGAAUGCACAAUGUCUUGCAAGAACAGCAAUGGUGCCAUGAAUUCCAUUCUAUCUCCUCAAUCAGUCAGAUGGCACUUCUGCAAAGAAGUUCUGCCUCAAUGGUGAUGGACGGCAGUCCAAGAAAGGAUUGCCAAUACUUCACAAAUUCUGCACUUGUACCUCUGACUAUUCUUUCCACUGCCUGGUCGGUCCUAAUUAAUUCUACUGAAAACUCAAGAUUUAAAACAAGUGCAUUCAGUCCCACAACUCAGCGGUGGAGUGUCACCUUGAUGUGGUGGAAAUCAUCAGUUCGAGCCUGAUUAUCCCUAAAUCCGAAAGAGAGUACUUGGGUUUUCUCAAUAACUAAAAGGUAUAUCAUGCCUGAAUCUAACUGGGGUUUGCAGUGGUGGAGGAACUGGAUCAGAAAAAGGAUUGAUUCCUUUUUCAAAUCUUAUGGCAGCUGUACGAGCCCUUCCCGCGAUUAAUCAGGCAUACUCAUCAAAUCCGAAGUCUCCAAGUGGAAUCUGGACUAAUAAUCUUCUGCUACUUUGUAUGAAGAUCAGAGUACAUUUUAUAUAGAAAGCAGAUCACAGUCCAUCAAAACUAAUCAUCUCUGGGUACCCAUUUUUUUUUGGGGAAAGAAAAAAAAAGAAUAUGGAGAUAUGAUGCAUACUCAUUACCAUUUAAAUAGGAAGGAGAGAGAGAGAGAGAGAGAGAGAGAGAGAGAGAGAGAGAGAGAGAUGUUGAAUUGUGAUCGAUGUGAAGCUUUUUUACUGAAAAAAAUAAGAAGUAAUAUUGUUGGUUUUCCA